AUGUUAACCCAAGAUCAUCGCUGUAUUUUGUCGUCCCUGGCCGCUGGGCACACCCUCUUCCUCAUGGGAGAUGCCAGAUUCAAUCUACUGCCUUCCCUCAUGAAGAACUUUAGGCAUUCGUCCCCAUGGACGCUAUUGCUCUUCUUCAGCACUCUCUCGAGUCUUCUUGCAACAUCUUAUGCUCAAGACAGCACAUCCAGCACUGACUCCGGUGACGUUGCCAGCGAGAAUGCGGCCGGUGCCUCUGGACCUGGGUCCAGUAUGAUUAGUUCCAAGAGUCAUGACGUGGUAAUAACCCUAUCUGUUAUUGUUGGGGUUGUUGCCGUUCUUGGAGUGUCAUCGGCUAUUCUGUUCCUUGUCGCAAAGAAGAGGCAAUGGGCAGUCCGAGAAGCGAUGCGUCGAUCUACUCGACGAGCGGCCAAUGCUAUCAAAUCACCGCUCACACCCAGAUUCCCAAAGUCUCCAAGAGAUGCCCCUCCCCGGCCGGGCGCGACGAGAAUCGAGACAGCUCGAUCUGUCCCUUUCAACCCGAGAACCAAGUUUGAGCGUGGCCAGAACGAAUCGAAGAAAGAACGGGAGCUCGACUUGGAACGCGGCAUCGAACUGGGAGCCACAAAGACCUCAAGCGUCCGGGUGUCAACCAAAGAAUCGAAUACCUCCAAUGAUAGCGAUGGCAACGAGCCUAAGAGAGGUUGGGGGACGUUCUUUUCAUUCGGACGCCAUUGA